GAGCGCGGGGAGCCCUGCCAAAGGGAGCGGGUGCCAAACCUGAAUUACCAGCCCAGAGAGCGGCUGUGGAGCCCGGCAGCUCCUGAGAUUUGCGGCAGGUUUUUCAGGUCCCCGCCUGUCAAACACACACGCAGAUACUUAAGCAGUCACCCGAGGACCUGCGGGGUUCUUGUUUUACACACCUCUGGUCCCUGCCAGCUGCAGUUCAAAGAAGAGGAUCUCUCCAGCCUCUCACUGUGCCUGGCUCUUCACAAGCUGCAAGACAGUUUUGAAGCUGAGCUCCAUCCUAGAAGUUCUGUCAGCAAGAGAAAGCCCUGGGGCAUUCAGUACCCCAGGGUACCUAAAGUGCCUGGCCCCAUAGCCCUGCCUCAGGAGGAGAUGGCCAUGGAAAAGCCAGUGAUUCCCACUGAGGAGCAGCUGGAGAUCCUGGAAUACCACUUCUGCAAGGUGAAUAAGCAUCCUGACCCCACCACACUGUGCCUCAUCGCUGCUGAGACCGGGCUCUCCGAGGAGCAGACUCUGAAAUGGUUCAAGCAGCGCCUGGCGGAGUGGAGGAAGUCUGAAGGGCUGCCCUCAGAAAGCGGGUCUGUCAGGGACUAGAGGAUGCUGCUGCAAUUCCCUUGCCUCUUAUAAAGGAUGGUGAAGCUCUUCAGUGGGUUUCCUUGGGGUUCUUCUGUUGCAAUAGGUUUUGUGAUACAAAGUAAUACUCUGCUAUUUAACAUAAAUCUUAUUUAACAUGUACAUAACCAGAAAAAACCCACUAUAUAGAAAUAUAUAUAUAUACACACACAUGUGUGUGUAUACAACUUUUGAUGGCUGAUAACCUAUCUUGUGAUUUCAAGUCAUUAACAGCAGCUGCACAAGAAAAGGCAAUUUCAUGCCCUUGUUCUAGGCUUGCAGAAAUUUUGCCAUGAUAUUUGUUCAAAUAUAGAAGGAAGAAAUAAAGAUUCCUUUUCCUUACAA